AUGGUCUACAUCCGUCACAGCGAGCUCCCGGCGCUCCGCGAGUACAAGUACUCUUCGGUCGACCGUUCGCUCGUCUCCAAGUACAUCCUCAAGCCCUUUUACACAAACUUUGUCAUCCACCUCUUCCCCAUGACAAUGGCCCCCAACAUGAUCACCCUCACCGGAUUCGUCUUCGUCGUCGUCAACUUCCUCACCCUGCUCUGGUACAACCCGACCCUCGACCAGGAUUGCCCGCCCUGGGUCUACUUUAGCUGGGCCAUUGGCCUGUUCCUCUACCAGACUUUUGACGCUGUCGACGGCGCCCAAGCUCGUCGCACCAAGCAAUCCGGUCCCCUCGGUGAACUCUUCGACCACGGCGUCGAUGCUCUCAACACCUCUCUCGAAGUCCUCAUCUUUGCCGCCUCCCAGAACAUGGGUCAGGGUUGGAAGACGGUCGCCACCCUCUUUGCCUCCCUCCUCACCUUUUACGUUCAGACCUGGGACGAGUACCACACCAAGACCCUAACGCUGGGCAUCGUCAACGGCCCCGUCGAGGGCGUCCUCAUCCUCGUCCUCGUUUACGCCCUCACCGGCUUCCUCGGCGGCGCCCACGUCUGGCAGCAGAGUAUGCUGCGCGCCUUUGGAUUGCCCGAUAACAUGGGCAUCCCCAUGUCCAUCUACAACCUUUCCUUUACCGAGUGGUACCUGGUCCAGGGUGCUGUCGUGCUUGUCUUCAACACGGUUGAGUCGUCGCUCAACGUCAUCCGUGCUCGUCGCGCUCGUGGCGAGAAGUCGCGUGGUGCGCUCCUGGGUCUAGGCCCUAUCUUCUCUGUCUGGUUCCUGGUCGUCUCGUAUCUCAAGCUGCAGCCAGUCAUCCUCCGCAACCACCUGGUGCCGUUUGCCAUCUUUGUCGGCCUAAUCAACGCCUAUUCCGUCGGCCGCAUGAUCACCGCCCAUCUCCUCAAGCAGGACUUCCCUUACUACAACGUCCUCGGCGCCCUGCUCAUGAUUGGCGUCGCCGACUCGAUGGGUCCCAUCCUCGCUGAGCGCGUCGGAUUCGGCUGGCCCAGCGCCCUCGGCGAUGGCCCGUACCAGAUUGCCUACGUCUUCUUCAUGCUUGGCACCGCCUUUGGCGUCUACGGCAGCUUUGUCGUCGACGUCAUCGUCACCAUCUGCGACUACCUCGACAUUUGGUGCCUGACCAUCAAGUAUCACCACGUCGACAACGAGGCCACCAAGGCGCCCGAGCCCGCCUGGUCCAAGACGCAGAAGACGCACUAA